AUGUCUGGCAUUCUCAAGAAUGUGUUUGGCGGCGCCGAGUCGUCCGGUGCGGUCAAGCCCGACGAUGAAUUCGCGGACUUUGUCGAGGCUCCUCAGCCCUCUCCUGCCUCUAUCCUCGGUUCGUCGUCGACACCAGCUGCUUCGCCGAGCGAUGGAGCUACCGUUCCCUACACGGCAUGGUACCGGGUGUGGGAGCGGACAUCGCCCAAGGACUUCAUGCAGGAAGCGAUGGUCCUGCCCUUUAUCAUCCUAAUCGUCGCUUUCCACCUCUGGGGUACGCGGAAGAACCGACGCAAGGCCAAGGAAUGGGCUAAGGCUCACGCGACUGCUCUCCGAAAUGAAUUUGCGGUGGUCGGAUUCGGUGGCCUCCAAGGGGCUGCGACUCCCGAAUUGGCUUCUGCAGACAGCUUGCUCAAAGAAAAAUCUCCUCAGGAGUUCAUCUCUUACGCUACGGGUCGGCAGAAUGUUGCCUUUGUUGAUAUCUCGGUUAAGCUGCCUAAGCGGUACAACCCGGUGACCUACUGGAUGGACUAUGCGUUCAGCUUCUUCUGGGAGAGCUGGCCUGCCCCUGCUGAGAAGAUCGAGGCCACUUCGUAUGCAUUCGAUGGCAAGGAGAAGGAGCUGGUUCCCGUUCCCGCUAAGGAUCCGUCGUCUUUGAAGGUUAACAACUCGGCUUAUGAUGGAUUUAUUUGGGCUAUUGUGCACAAGAGUUGUAUGCGCAAGUUCCGUCAGGACCGCUACGACGCUUCGAUCACUUUUACCAAGGAUAACGCCAAGUUGCCUCCCUGGGUGACUGUGAUGACGGAGAGUGCUGAGAUUACUGAGGCGCUUCUCACUCCCGAGCUGAUCAAGGCCAUCGAGCAGGCGGGCCAUGAGUUUGAGUACUUGAUUGUUACUGACCAGCCCACUGACAAGCCGAUGAAGAUCGAGGAAACCGCUCCCAGGAAGCGUAUUAGCCUUUCGAUGAAUAUUCCCUCCGCCUCCGAUGCCUACGCCAGUACUCUGCCGCUCUUCCAGCAAUUCCUCGGUUUCGCUGACAAACUCGUUGCAUCUGCGCACUUCCGUGCCGAGGUGAUGCGCAAGGUCCGGAACGUUCGUGAUGCCGAAAUCAAGAAGCUCCGCCGUGCCGACGAAGAAGAGAAAGCUGAGGAACGCAAGCUCGCUGCGGAGAAGCAGAAGAAGGAAGAGCGGGAGCGUAUCCUCCGUGGUAUGACUGCAGACGAGCAGCGCAAAUACCUCGAUCGCGAGAAGGAGAAGGAGAACAGACGUUCCACGAAGAAGAUCACUCGAAGGGCUUAG